CCGUGUUUACAGAGAGGCUGCUCGGUUGGUGUUCACUCUCUGCGGAGGAUGGUGUGCAGUCAUGGCCUUUUUAAAGACGCGAGAACGACACAAGGAAAGAUUUUCUCUCUUGUUGCUGGAUUUGGAGGAAUAUUAUUUUGAACAGCACACUGCGUACCACGUGACCACCGGUUCAACCAAGGAGAGAAAAAUUAGAGGCUCAUUCAAGGUCUGCUCCAGAUCAGUCAUUUUUGAUCCAGAGGAUCUCGCAGAGCCAAUUUUAAAGAUUCUUCUUCGAGACUGUAAGAAGAUUGAGUUUUUGGAGAAAGAGACCAACCCCUUCAAUGAACCUAAACCAUCUACAAUCUCUAUUUUAUGUGGACAGGUUAUAUACAUCAAAGAAAGCAAUGUCAUAGCAACUUACAGAACUGAAAGGGAGACAAAGACGAUGACCUUUCAGCUGGAGGUUUGGAGUAAAACAGAAGAUAUCGUUCAAACAUUACUUCAGCUCCACAGAGCAUCCUGUCUGGACAAGCUUGGAGAUCAGACUGCAAUGAUUGCAGCCAAUUUACAAUCACGACUGGCAAGAUCAUCAUUUGACAAAAACUGCUUUCAGAGUGUUGCUGAGAAGCCUCACAUGGAGUGUUCAGUGGAGAUGGUCAUGCCUCUGGUGUGCAACCCAGGCCACGUCUGCAUAACAGAUGAAAACCUCUACUUCCAGCCCCUCAAUGGAUACCCGGAGCAGGUGAUUCAGAUCAAACUUAACAAAAUCAGGCGAAUCUACAAAAGAAGACAUGGGCUCAGACCACUGGGUCUCGAGGUGUUCUGUACUGAGAACGAUUUCUGCUCUGACAUCUACCUGAAGUUUUACAACACGGCAGACAGAGAUGAAAUGUAUUACUACAUCGCCACGUUCCUGGAGAACCACAUGACAGAGCACACAGCAGAGAGUUACAUGCUGCAGUGGCAGCGUGGCCAUCUGAGUAACUAUCAGUAUCUCCUCCACCUCAACAACCUGGCUGACCGCAGCUGCAACGACCUCUCUCAGUAUCCUGUCUUCCCCUGGGUCAUCGCCGACUAUACGAGCCCGCAGCUUGACAUGACAAAUGCCGCCACAUUCAGAGACCUGGGCAAGCCUGUGGGAGCCCUAAACAAAGAGCGACUGGACAGACUACUGGCUCGCUACAGAGGCAUGCCCGAGCCUCCCUUCAUGUACGGCAGCCACUAUUCAUCUCCAGGCUACGUCCUUUUUUACCUGGUCAGGAUCGCUCCAGAGCACAUGUUGUGUCUCCAGAAUGGCCGCUAUGACCACGCAGACCGCAUGUUUAACAGCAUAGGUGAAACGUGGAAAAACUGCUUAGACGGGGCCACAGACUUCAAAGAGUUGAUUCCAGAGUUUUAUGGGAGCGACUCCAACUUCUUGGAAAACAGACUGAAUCUCGAUUUGGGCAGAAGGCAGAACGGAAGCUUAGUUUGUGAUGUCACUCUCCCACCAUGGGCCUCAGAUGCCAAUGAUUUUCUUCAAAAGCACAAGACAGCCCUGGAGAGUCAGUAUGUAUCAGAGCACCUUCAUGAGUGGAUCGACUUGGUGUUUGGCUUCAAACAGAGAGGCAGUGAAGCUGUGGCAGCACACAAUGUGUUUCACCCCCUGACCUAUGAAGGUGGCAUAGACUGUGACAGCAUCGAGGACCCUGACCAGAGAAUCGCCAUGCUGACACAGAUACUGGAGUUUGGCCAGACGCCCAAACAGCUGUUCAUCAUCCCUCACCCUCAGAGGAUCACGCCCAGGUUUCAUAACAUCACUCGAAGCUCCAGCCUCAACUCAUCUGUUAGCGAACUGUCUCCAGCCUCUCCGAGUGAAGACUCCUCCUUUGAAGACCUGACAGAGGAGAGCAGGAAGAUGGCCUGGUCAAACAUGAGCAAUCUGAAACCAGUGACCAGCCACAGGAUCCAUAAGGAGGUGGUGACAGGCAUCACUGUGACUCGAGACGGAUCAGCUGUUUUCUCCACAUCUCAAGACUCAACACUUAAAAUGUUUUCCAAAGAAAUGAAGGACUUCCAGAGAAGCAUGUCUUUCUCUAACAUGGCUUUAUCAUCAUGUUUGACGCUGGCAGAUGGUAAAACUGUGGUGUGUUCUUCGUGGGACAACAAUGUUUAUUUCUACUCCAUCCCAUACGGCAGGCGACAAGACACGCUGAUGGGUCACGAUGAUGCUGUCAGUGAAAUGUGUUGGUUUGACGACAAGCUCUACACGGCAUCCUGGGAUUCCACUGUCAAGGUCUGGCACUGUGCUUCUGAUAGCUUAUCCAGUCACAAGAGAUCCCAGUUUGAGUUGCUGGCUGAGUUGGAACAUGAUGCUGGGGUGAACACUAUCGGUCUGAAUCCAGCAGGGACUCUGCUGGUAUCGGGCUGUAAGGAUGGGACCGUCAGCAUCUGGGACACCAGCAGUUAUGGAACACUUCAGCAAAUCCACUGUCACGACGGGACCAUCCAUCACAUGGCCUUUAGUCCUGAUAGUCGACACAUUCUCAGUGUUGGUGCUGACUCCUGCAUGAAGGUUAUUGAUGUUCAGACGGGAAUGGUGAUCUCAUCUGUGAAAUCUGAGGUGGAGCAAAGGUGUUUCUGCUGGGAUGGGUGCUCAGUGCUGUGUGGGGGGCAGUCUGGUGACCUCCUGCUGUGGGACCUGCUGAGCAACACAGUCACUGCCAAGAUCCCAGCUCACUCAGGUGCGGUCACGGCCAUGUGGAUGAAUGAGUUGUGCACCACAGUGAUCACAGGCGGAGAGGACAGACAGAUGAUCUUCUGGAAGCUCCAGAGUUAAAGAAACUGUCUUUAUAAGAAGACUUCCAGUGCAAUAAACUGGACGACACUGGCCAAGUAUCCUGCAGACUACAGGACCCAAGUAUCUGACUCAGAACAGAGACUCAUUUAACUGUCGUUAAGACCCCAGAACUUACACAGCAGCUGGAGCAGGAGGAAGGUCAAAGUCUCAACAGUUCUUAGUCAAAAAUUCAAACAAAAGGUCAUGUAAGUCAGUAAUUGCUUUCUGCAUAUUGAGAGAAAAUGUCCAAUUGCAGUUUUGUGCAUAAGAACAGGAAACUACUAAAACAGUGUACACGCCUUAUUUUUCACUUUAUUUGUUUUUGUUUUCAGCCUAUUCUGCCAUUGUUUGUACUUGUGUUUCCUCAUUAUGAUGUAUCAUGUUAAACUGCUUUUUUUAAAUUAGUGAUCAUGUUUCUGUAGCUUUAUGUGCAUUGUUUUAUUCUUUGAAGUGGACUCAUGAUGUGUGUCACAAGCUUCAGGCUGCUCAGGUGUUAUCAUUACCAAAUAACACUGACCUUUAAAAUGUAUCUUUCCUGUCUGUUUUGUUACCAUCUCUUCAGCCUCAGAGAUUUUUACAGAUUGUUUAAGCUUAUUACACCACUAAUAUAGUAUUAUAACC